UAUUCAUAGCCUAUUCAUUAAUAGCGAUAUUUGUUUCAUUUUGAACGAAACAGCUCUCCAAUUUUUCUUGCCCUUUUCACGCAGUAACAACCUGAGCAGAUGUCUUAAGAUAAAGCUGCCACUCGAGGUCGCUGUGAGUGAGCGCUUUCCGACGCGAAAUGAUGACGUAGAUCUCGCGCGACCUGUUUUUCGUAAAUAGAGCGAAACUGCUUUGCCGCCCCGUCACAGCGCGUUUAAAAUGGUCGUGUGUAACUUUUUCCUCCAGGGCCGCUGUCGGUACGGAGACAAAUGUUGGAAUGAGCACCCGAGAGGCGGAAGCAGAGGAGGGGGAGGUUAUAAUGACAGCUACAGCCGCUCCGGUGGUCCGCCACAGCCCAGAGGUGGAGGAGGUUAUGGAAACAGAGUUUGGGUGAAUCCCUCCCAGCAAAGAGGAGGAUAUAUUCAGCCGUCAUCCUUCUCCUCACAGGGAAGCAGUGACUGGGGUUCGGGACGUGGUGGUGGAGGAGGUGGGGGCGGCGGCGGCGGCGGGAGAAGAGAAAACCUGAAGAGCUCUGAUUUCAGCUUCUCAUCUUCGAAUCGAUUUUCUGCUCUCGAUGCUUCCAAUGCCUUUGACAAGGGAGGAAGAGGAGCAGCGGCAGGUUUUGGAACUGCCGGGGACGAAGAUGACGACAAGAAACUUGAAGUCAUUCAGGCGGACGUGGAUGCCUGGGAGAGUUCAGGACAGUGGGGCUUCUCGUGCUACUCUACCUUUAAGACGCCCAUAUCAGGUUUCACUGAUCUGUCUCCAGAAGAGCUCAGGCUGGAGUACUACUCCAGCAGAGCAUCAGGGGAUCUGCAGGGCUACCUAAAUGGAGUAAACCAGCUGCUCAGUCAGUGGAAAAGCAGAGUCCAGGAGCUGAAGAUUAUGAAUCCGUCCACACGUAUGGCACUGCUCGCCGAGUUAAAAGGAACAGCUCCGCAGUCGUCUUCGAGUGGCUUUGGUUCGGCAACGACGACAGGAUUUGGAUCCUCCACAUCCGGCUUUGGCAACAAAGGCUUCGGUGCACCAGCCCAGUCCUCCACCUUCGGUUUCCCAGCCCUGAGUUCUGGAUUCGGCUCUUCUUCUACAUCUUCACCUUCAACUGGGUUUGGUAGCCUUAUAACGGCUCCAACACAAUCUCCGUCUGGGUUCGGCUCUUCCGCCGCGCCUUCCGCUUCGUCCUUCUCAUUCGCCACCCCGAGCGCAGACAAGCCGCCGCCGCCAACGGCCUCUUCGGGCUUCGGAUCGGCCUCGGGGUUCACCUUCUCCUCCACGACAGCAACCGCCGGAGGAGGGUUUGGGAGCGCCUUCGGGACAGCGGCAGCUUCACCUGGAGCCGGACCGGUGGGAGAGGCCGCAGACGGUCUGUUCUCACCCGAGAGCAAACUCACCCAGGAAGAACUGAAUCAGUUUAAAGCCAAAAGGUUCACUUUGGGACAGAUUCCACUAAAACCACCACCUGCGAACAUGCUAGUGGUCUGACACUGUGGGAGAAGCUAGUGCUUUCCCUUUGGGUCGUGUAUUGAUUCAGUCCAGCCAACGAAGAAUUUUUCACUAAUAUUUAGGUGCACAGCAAACAAUAUGCACAGAUUUCUACUUGGGACUCACUGUGAAUGACAUCUUUUGCACCAUAAAACGCUGACUUUAGAUUUUUAAAUUUGGCUGAUUUUAUUCUUUAAAAUUUUUUUGUAGAACAUUCUGUUUGUUAUGGCGAGUAUUUAUCUGUAAAUGAUGAAGAGUAGCAACUACAACAAAUCAUUGACGACCAAUUGCACUUCUACAUAGGUCCCAAUAAGCUGCACUUACUGCUGUUAGUCGUAAGAGGGUGCCAUGAUAAAAGUUGGAGUGUUUCUCACUUUCUCUGCCUUUGUGUCUCUGGUGACCAACUGGUUUAAUAUGAGCAGUCGCUUUCAGAUUGUAAUUUUUGCCCAACAUUAAAACAAUAAAUGAAAAUCAGUGAGUGCAAAGCUA